CAUUUGUGGUUGAGAUGAUGAUGGUUUUAAAGGGGCAAAAUGGGGAAAGGGGAGGCUGUGGGGGAGUGUCAGAAGGACGAGAGAAAGAGGUAGAUAAAGGGAGAGAGAAUCAGUCGACGUGCCGGCAGCAAAUUGAACGCACGUUCGCUCCUUUCGGAGCGCGCGAGGCGCUUCUCGUGCCCCAUCCUUUCAUUAAUUACCAUCAACAUUAAUUUAUCAAAACAAAGUGAUUUUCGACUCAUCCAAAUGAAAUUUCCAAAGUGAGUGCGGACUCGUGUGUGUGUCAGUGUGGCCAAAAAAAAAGUUUAUUUAUAUAUCUAUAUAUACACACAGGUAUAUAUGGUGCGGUUGCACGUAAGGUUUUGCAUUAAUGCAAGAGCUUCCGGGACAGCCGGCGGCAUCUUUAGAAACUGUGUCAAGCCCUGAUUCCUCAAACCACCACGUGAAAUUAAUUACAAUUUUCUCUGCAAGAAAAAGGAAAUCAAAAUUUCAAGUGUUUAAUUUUUCUCCCACUUUUAUUUUUUUUAUUUCAUUUAUUUAUUUUCAAGGGUUAUAAACCCUGUUUUUAAAUUUUAUUUCAUGUGGAUUUGUAUAAUGUUUCUUGACAUUAAUGCGACGAUUAAAUUAACAUCAUUCAACGAUUCAAGACAAGGAUUAUCGCUAUUGGUUUAUGCAUUUUUCAAAACUCUGCUCGUUUCUCCAAAUGAUGAUGUGCAUUUUUGGAAAACUGUCCUAAUCCCACCUGCGACAUGUUCAAUCGGAAUUGUAACAGGUCGGCUAGCUGACAAACAAGACCUAUCGUCACUCGACGGCCUUGAUAAUGACGUCAGAGACGUCAUCAGCAGCUGAUAGUCCGGCCUUACUACAUCGGCCAUUAUUGACAACGUCUUCUGACAGCCGAUUAAAACACAGUAAAAGAUCCACGGAAAAGAAUGUCGCGCGUUUUUCACCACCGAGCGUGAGGUUUCACAGUCUUGACAUGGACCAGAAAACACUUCGGAGCGGCGGCGCAGGUGGACGUCUGGCAGCUCCGCGGAUGUCACUUUUGGGACGCCCGGUCAAUUAUCGGGCGACUCGUCGCGAUGCCCGCUAUCGUCGACUCCAAGCCCGUGUUUAUAAUUUUCUCGAACGACCCCGUGGCAUUUAUGCUGUGACUUACCACAUGAUAGUAUUUUGUAUGGUCUUUACUUGUCUGGUCCUCUCCGUGUUCAGUACUAUAGACGAAUACCAAGACGAGGCUGGCGUUCUACUUUUUUACAUGGAAAUGGUAGUUGUCGUCUGGUUUGCUGUCGAAUUUAUCUUUAGAUUAUGGUCCUCAGGAUGUCGAUCGAGGUACCAAACGGCCAUUGGCCGAUUAAAAUUUCUCCGAAGACCUUUUUGUAUCAUCGAUGUUAUAACAAUUCUCGCAAGUAUUGUUGUUCUUGCAAUGAGAAGCAGCGGAGUUUUUGCAGCGAGCGCAUUACGGGGACUUCGUUUUUUCCAAAUUUUACGAAUGGUCCGAAUGGAUCGUCGCGGAGGGACAUGGAAACUUCUCGGCAGUGUCGUUUACGCACAUCGUCAGGAACUCAUCACAACUUUAUACAUUGGAUUUCUUGGUUUAAUAUUUGCCAGUUUUUUGGUUUUCCUCGCCGAAAAGGAUGAUGUACAUUUUGAUAAUUUUGCCAAAGCACUUUGGUGGGGAGUGAUCACGUUAUGUACGGUCGGUUACGGUGAUGCUGUUCCAAAAACUUGGCAGGGAAAGAUCAUCGCAUCCUUUUGUGCCCUACUCGGAAUAUCCUUCUUUGCCCUACCAGCUGGCAUCUUGGGAUCGGGAUUUGCUCUGAAGGUCCAGCAGCAACAGAGGCAGAAGCACAUGAUACGAAGGAGGCAGCCGGCCGCCAGUCUCAUUCAAGCGCUUUGGCGAUGUUACGCUGCUGAUGAACAGAGUGCAAGUGUUGCCACUUGGAAAAUUCAUCAAAUUCCACUUCCCAGCCCGCCCGGAAGUCGAGUAUCUUCUAGUUUUAAGCAAAACGCAUCAUUCGUCAGUCGUCUUCCAACGAUUCGAAGGCACAAGAGUACAUCAUUACACAGUCCCAAUUUAUACAAAUCAGUUCAUCCAAGUUACACAAGUAGAGGAAACGUUACGAGGGGUUUCACCGAUUUUAUAUCCUCAGCUGAGAACUUAGGUGCUCCAACUACAAUGAACAAUAAUAAUGGUCACCAUAACAACGAAACGGUGUCUGGAAUAAAUGCAAGCUACUCGGAGGAUUCAGUGACAGAGACUGCGUUAUUAAAGAAAAAUUCCGACGGCUUUCUUGGGGAUGUUUCCUGCGAAGCAGUAAAGUGCCGAAUUGGAAGAUCUUCAUCGACCCUUGAACUUCGUGAGCUGCGCAUCGACGGACUGAUCAGUCGUCUAGGGGAAACUUCGACCCUGCCAUUAGCACUCGCUGGUCUGGUGUCCCCGCUUCCCCCUCUGCCGGAACUUCUUGGGUCACCAACCUCCCCGAAUGCAUCUCCAACUUCCGAAAAGAAUGAGGACGACGAACCUCGGCGGUGUGUUCAAUUGACAAAUCAACAUAAAGGUGCUAUUAGGGCUAUUCGAAAGAUGAAAUACUUCGUGUCCAGGCGAAAAUUCAAAGAAGCCUUAAAGCCCUAUGACGUUAAGGAUGUCAUCGAGCAAUACAGCGCCGGACACGUUGAUCUACUCGGUCGCGUGAAAAAUAUCCAAACUAGGUUAGAUCAAAUUUUGGGAAAACAAGGUUCUAAAGCAAAAGAUGUCUACGCUUCGAAAACUAGUUUAGCGUCACGAGUUGUCACUAUCGAGAGACAGGUCGAUGAUAUCGAGACUAAACUUGAUCAGUUGUUGGAGCUCUAUAUGGAGGAUAGAAAACGACUUUUGGCCCUACCUAUACCAGAGUCCGAAUAUCAAUCCGUUAAUGUACAGGAGCCACCGAGCAUGUCGACUGUACUAAAGCCGAUUUUAGUAGAUAAACAAUUAUCCGAGCCGAGUUCACCGACCACCACUUCUUUUCGAGAAAACGAAAAGCAAAAACCGAGACCGAUUCAUCGGGGACAUUCAGAUCUCUCCAGUCGAGUGAAAAAACGAGUCACUUUAAGUUCAAUUCCUUCGCAUUUUGCACCUCCCAUUGAUCCUAGAGCAGUAAAGUCGAGUACAAAGUAUCAAAUAACGCCUCACCGACAAGGUGAAGUGGUGAUCACGGUGCCUACCAAUUCAGAAGCAGACUCCAAACAUGAGGAUUCUCGCGUCUUUGGGAUUUCCGGUUUGCCUCAAAGUACAACUGAAUCUACUGGUACGACGGAAAAUUCGCUGCCGUCGGAUAUUGAUGUUGAGUAUGAGGAAGAAGAGGAAGAGGAGGAGACCUCUUGUGAAAACAUGGCCUUGCUCGGAACAACAAGGACUCAAAUUAUCGUGACUCCUAGUAUGAGUCCGGGUCAAAGUGCGAGCGACCUAACUUUGAUUGAACAAUCUAGGGAUUUGGACUUUCACGACCCCCACUCACGUUCCUAGCCGUAAAUGCAUUGGGAACUCUUGACAAAUCCACUUGUGUCGUAUGUCAAUGACCAUCCGCGAAUGAUGCAUUCAUAUAUAUACGGCCUUUUCUCUUCCCUAACAGGAGCUCUUCACUUCAAAAACGAUAUGACAGGAGAGAACUAAUUGAGUGAAAAAGAAGAAAAAAUUUUCAAAGGAUCAUCAAGAAAAUGUGCAAACAUUUUACUCCAUCGGAAUAUUAAUAUUUCAAUUCCCAUAACUGUCUUCGCGUUGAGGGAAAAAAUGUGUAUCCGUUAGUUACAAUCUAUUCAAAAAACUUCAAGUUUAUUUAUUUAUUUACCGCACAAAAUAUUAUAUUUUUAUUGCAAUUUGUAACUGCAAAAUAUUUCUUUUUAAAUUACUUUAAACUUGAAAAUUGCUUAAAAACAUUUCAAUUCUGAAUAUAAUUUAAAUUAGAAUUUUGAACAAAUGUAACUAGCAACCUUUUUUUCCCCGCGUUGACAUCUUAUGACGCGAAAUAAAAUAAAUCCACGUGCAAAUAAACAUUCAUAAUAAAGACUUGAGGACUUGCCUCAAAAAUAAUUUAUUUUAAAAAAAAGUUUAAACUUGUAAAUAGAAAACGCUUUAAAAAAAAUAAAUUAUAUGCUUUCAAUGAAAGUAAAAUAAAAAAUGUCACAAAUCUGGGGCAAUCAGCGAAUUAAUUUUUCAGUUUAUAUAAAAAUUUUUCACUUUUUAGAAAUUUUCGAGUUUUCUACAUUUAUUUAAAUAUGUAGAUUCGAUUGCUAAAUCAGUACGAAUUAAUGAGGAAACACCAAUUAAAUUUUAACACUUCUCGCUUUUCGCGAUUUAUAUAAUAUACGUAUAUAAAAAAAUAUAUAUAUAUUUCCAAGCAAUUCGACUAUUGCGUUAGUGAAUUUUAUUCUCUGCUGUAAGACCAAUGCCAGAUUUGACGAGAUUUCAACCGUUUUUUCAUACAAGAAAUGCGACUCUUAAUUUUUCUCGUUAAUCCACUGACAAAAUUUUUUAUUCAAUUUCUAAUUAUAAAAUUUUUGAAAUAAUAAAAAAAUAAUAAUGUGUCUAAUCUUCUAAAAAAAGCAAACUAUAAUU